AUGCUUCAGGAUAAGGGUCUGUCGGAGAGCGAGGAGGCCUUUCGGGCCCCGGGCCCAGCGCUCGGCGAGGCCAGUGCGGCCACCAACGCCAACGCCCCCGAGCCCGCGCUGGCCGCGCCCGGCCUCAGCGGAGCCGCGCUGGGCAGCCCCCCGGGCCCCGGCGCCGAUGCCGUCGCCACCGCUACCACCGCCGAGCAGACCAUCGAGAACAUCAAGGUGGGGUUGCAUGAGAAGGAGCUCUGGAAGAAAUUCCACGAGGCGGGCACCGAGAUGAUCAUCACCAAGGCGGGCAGGAGGAUGUUCCCCAGCUACAAGGUUAAAGUCACAGGCAUGAACCCCAAGACCAAGUAUAUCCUGCUUAUUGACAUCGUCCCUGCAGAUGACCAUCGCUAUAAGUUUUGUGACAACAAAUGGAUGGUGGCAGGAAAGGCUGAGCCGGCCAUGCCAGGAAGGCUCUACGUCCACCCUGAUUCUCCUGCCACAGGGGCCCACUGGAUGCGGCAGUUGGUCUCUUUCCAGAAGCUGAAGCUGACAAACAACCACCUGGAUCCCUUUGGCCAUAUCAUUCUCAACUCCAUGCACAAGUACCAGCCAAGGCUGCACAUCGUUAAGGCUGAUGAGAACAAUGCUUUUGGCUCCAAAAACACAGCUUUCUGCACGCACGUGUUCCCAGAGACUUCCUUCAUCUCUGUGACCUCCUACCAGAAUCACAAGAUCACACAGCUGAAAAUUGAGAACAACCCUUUUGCCAAGGGAUUCCGAGGCAGCGACGACAGUGACCUCCGCGUGGCCCGGCUGCAGAGCAAAGAGUAUCCUGUGAUUUCCAAAAGCAUCAUGAGGCAGAGGCUGGUGUCCAGCCAGCUCGCAGCCAAGCCUGAUGUCAGCCCCCUGCACGGCGCCCACCAGGCCCUGCAGCAUUACCAGUACGAAAAUGGGGCCCACAUGCAAUUUGCCCCCGCCGAGCCUCAGGACCUGCCCCUCAACACCUUCCCCUCACAGCGGGACUCCAGCCUCUUCUACCACUGCCUGAAGAGACGAGCAGACAGCGCCCGCCACUUGGACUUACCUUGCAAGCGGCCGUAUCUGGAAGCUUCCUCGUCGGUGGGGGAUGAUCACUACUUCCGUUCCCCCCCUCCCUACGAUCAACAGAUGCUGAGCCCCUCCUAUUGCAGUGAGGUGACCCCGAGAGAAGCCUGUAUGUACUCAGGAUCAGGGCCUGAGAUCGCAGGGGUGUCUGGGGUGGACGACUUGCCCCCACCCCCGCUGAGCUGUAACAUGUGGACCUCGGUGUCACCGUACACCAGCUACAGCGUGCAGGCCAUGGACACUGUGCCUUACCAGCCCUUCCCCGCACACUUCACCGCCACCACCAUGAUGCCUCGGCUGCCCACCAUCUCUGCCCAGAGCUCCCAGCCACCAGGAAACGCUCACUUCAGUGUCUACAACCAGCUCUCACAAUCUCAGGUCCGUGAGCGGGGGCCCGCGGCCUCCUUCCCAAGGGAGCGGGGCCUCCCGGCAGUGUGUGAGAGGAAGCCCCCCUCCCCACACCUGAAUGCCCCCAAUGAGUUCCUCUACUCCCAAAGCUUCUCCUUGACCCGGGAAUCUACCUUACCGUACCACUCGGGAAUGGGGACCGUGGAGAACUGGACUGACGGAUGA